GUUUUUAUUGCAUACAUGCUCAUCUAUGUUCCUCUCUAGGUUGAAGGGCCUAUCAUAUGAUGUAUGAGAAGUUAACAAUGCUGAAUUUGCAAAGUAGUUCGAAUUGGAACAUGCCUAAUGACUGGUACCAUCAACAGAACAGCUCUACCACCCAUCACAUGUCUGAUGGCUGCAUGGUGGACACAGACACAGGGAUGGGGACAGGAGGAGGAAGAGUGCAGAUGGAGAGGGACGAAGGAGAAGAAUCACAGCUGCGGCUGCAGCUGAAAAGGAAACUGCAGAGGAACAGGACCAGCUUUACUCAGGAGCAGAUUGAGGCUCUGGAGAAAGAAUUUGAGAGGACACAUUACCCUGAUGUCUUUGCACGAGAACGUCUAGCAAAUAAAAUAGACCUCCCAGAAGCACGGAUCCAAGUAUGAAGUUCCAUCCUUGCAUUUCCUUUAAUCUUAGUCUAUUCAUAAUUCAUGGUAAUGUCAAUGUCAUGGUAAGGGAACCAAGCCUGAAUAAAGCCUAAAGGCCAAAGGUUCUCAUAAAACUUCUCUCUGAGGCUUUAUGUAGAAUAUGUAUGUACAUGUAGUAUAAAUAUGUACUAUAUACCACAUGUAGCUUUACCGCUAAAACAGGCAUGACAGCUCAUCAGUCCCAUGUGUCACAUCUGUGUGUCUGUUCACAUCAUGAUUGACUGACAGGUGUGGUUUUCCAACCGAAGAGCCAAAUGGAGACGAGAAGAGAAGUUGCGCAACCAGAGGAAAUCUGGGGGUGGAACUUCAUGCACCCAAACACAUACUCCACUUAGCACGUCCUUUAACUCAGCCCUCUAUCAGCAGCACAGCAACAGUGCAGGUGUGUAUUCUUACAAUACUAAACUACUCACACUCACUUUCAGUAAAGUGUCCUGGUCAUGUUCAUGGUUGGUCCAAAGCCAAUCCUGGGAACACCAGUCCAUCACGGGCACCAUACACACACAUUCACAUACUCAAUGAAAUGCCAAACCAAUGAGUUCAAAUUAUCCCAAAACACUGUUUAUGAUAUCUCCCUGGUAUAGAUAAAAAAGGAUGCUUGAUCUAAAAUUUAAUUCUUUAUUUGAUUUCUUGUGUGUGUGUGUGUGUGUGUGUGUGUGUGUGUGUGUGUGUGUGUGUGUGUGUGUGUGUGUGUGUAGGCUCCAUGAUCAAUCAGAGUGAGACAACCCUCCCUAGUUACAGUUCCCUUUCUGUCUAUUCUGGAGUACAGGUAAUGCUUGUUUUAUUCACAUAUACAUAUACAUAUACAGUACUGUGCAAAAGUUUUAGGCACCCUAUUUCUUUUAGUAUAAACUUUGGUAUAGAUUAUUUUUUUAUUUUAUGACUUUUACAUUAUCAAGUCAGUACAAAAGAACAUUUUAGAUUCCCAAACAUUAAAUAUUCAGAAAAAUGUUUGUAUGUCAUUAAAGAAAGCAGCAUAUUAUGUAGGAGACCACUUUUUAGACAAAAAACACAAUGAAAGCUGCUGGGUUUUGCUGCAAAAAUAAGAAGCAAGUGUGACAGUCAAAGUCUCCAGAAGAACUUUGGCUGGUUCUGCAA